AUGCUCCAUCCAGUCCUCGAUGUGACUGACCUAAACAUCGUCCUCACUUUCUCGGGAAUCUACAUCCUCCUCUUCGGAUUCCUAUCCCUCAAAAUCAAACAACGAUGGUAUCUAGGCGAGACUUUACCCGCCUUCAUCACCGGAAUCGCUUUCGGACCCCUCGGUGCUCGAUUCCUCCGUGUGAAUGAGUGGAGCUAUGACAAAACUACCGGAACAAGCGAGAUUGCCUAUGGCUUAUCCCGCCUCGUCAUCGGCAUCCAACUAGUCAAGGUAGGCUACGAGCUACCGAAGCGAUAUAUUAAAGAACGCCUACUAGAGUUACUCAUUUGUUUACUUCCGCUCAUGAUGAUUUCGUGGCUCGUGAGUGCAGGAUGCAUUAUGCUCAUGGUCCCCGAUAUCUCAUUCCUCUCCUCCCUAAUAAUAUCUUCCUGCAUAACCUGCACAGACCCCCUUCUCAGCCAAUCCAUCGCCAAAGGCCCCUUCUCCGAUACCUACGUCCGCCGCGGCUUACGCGAAUUCAUCUCCGCGGAAGCCGGCCUAAACGACGGUUUCGGCUUCCCAUUCUUGUUACUAGCUGUGUCGUUACUACGGUACGCAGAGACACCGGCGAACGCGUUUAGUCUGGAGCAAUUCGAUCUGGAGCGCGGGGUGCCGGCGUACUUGGAUAGUGUGGGGAAGGGGCGGUUUGGGGGCGGGGGGCUUGUGGCACUUGGGCAUUGGGUUUUGGAAGGGGUUGGGUAUAUGAUUUUGCUGGGGGGUCUGGUGGGUGGGUUUGUUGGGAUUUUGUGUAGGUGGGGAGUUGGGUUUGGGGUGAGGAGGUGGAUUGAUCAGGAGGGGUUUAUGUUGGUUCCUGUUGCAAUGGGUCUCAUGUUAACCGGUCUUUGCGGCUGCAUCGGCUCCGACGAAACCCUUGCUUGCUUCAUGGCCGGUUGUACAUUGAACUGGAACGGCGCGUAUCGUGCCGAAAUCCAGUCCCGCCAUGACUCCUUCAACACAACCCUCGAGACACUCCUCAACUUCGCUACCUUUCUAUUCCUGGGCGCCGCCAUGCCAUGGGACCAAUUCCACAUGCCCCAGUCUUCAGGGCUGACAGUGAGCAGACUGGUAGGACUUGGGGUGAUGGUGAUGUUGUUUCGGAGGGUUCCGGCGAUGAUGCUGGGGUAUAAGUUUUUGGGAAGGGGGAUCUGUAGGGAUUGGAGGGAGGGGUUGUUUCUGGGGUGGUUUGGGCCUAUUGGAAUCGGGGCGAUUUCAUACGUUGAGUAUGCUCGUCGACUUUUUCCGAGACCCGGGGAGAGUGAUAACGAGAUUAACCGUUUGACAGCUGUAAUGAGGCCUGUGGUAUACUGGCUCGUUCUGUCCUCAAUAAUCGUCCACGGUCUCUCCGUCCCUGUCCUCAAUAUCUUCUAUAAGAUAUUCAAAGUACAGCCUGUCCGCGACCAUCCUGUGGAAAUCCAUCUCUUGUCUGAGAACGAGCCGCUACCAAAUAACAGUGUACUACUGGAUAGGCAGCGACAGUCGAUUAUUGUGAACAACCAGUUCUCAAGGGUGUCAGAAGCAUCAUAUUUGGAAGGUAAUACGCGGGAUACGGCACGAGAUGACACGGGGUCAAUUGUUUGUGAGAGGGUUGAGGUUGAGUUAUCAUCGAUCAAAUAA